AUUCUCUCCCCUCCUCACUCCACUGCCGGAGAAACGAGAGGGAAAUCACCAGCUUCCGGCGAUGGCACACCGAACGGACGGACUACCGGUGGACCCUCGGAGCGGCUUUUGCCCCUCCAACUCCAUCUUCUACAGCAAGCGCAAGCCCGUCCCCCUCCCCUCCGACCCCCACCUCGACGUCACCACCUUCCUCUCCUCCCUCCGCCACUCCGGCACCACCGCCUUCAUCGACGCCGCCUCCGGCCGCCGCGUCUCCUACCCCGCCCUCUGGCGCUCCGUCGCCGCCCUCGCCUCCCGCCUCUCCGUCCGCAAGGGCCACGUCGUCCUCCUCCUCUCCCCCAACUCCAUCCACUUCCCCGUCGUCUCCCUCGCCGUCAUGUCCCUCGGCGCCGUCCUCACCACCACCAACCCCCUAAACACCCCGCAAGAAAUCGCCAAGCAAAUCUCCGACUGCGACCCGAUCCUGGCUUUCGCCACCCGCCCCCUCGUCGGAAAACUCCCCCGCGACCGCGAUUUCCCCAUCGUCCUCCUCGAGGACCGCCGGAUCGCCGGCGACGAUGGCCGCAUCCGCUACACGAUCGAGGAACUGAAGGCGAUCGAGCCCGAUCUCCGACGCCGGCGGGAGCUGGUGAGCCAGGACGACACGGCGACGCUCCUGUACUCCUCCGGGACCACCGGGACCAGCAAAGGCGUGGUAGGCUGGUAGCGACCCACCGGGACCAGGCCCUUAU